CAGAUGGGCAGAAUAUAAGACAGUGGUAGUUCAUCGCAAAAAUUACAUUUGAAUUCUCUUGCCAAGAUCACACAUCAAAAUAGCCAAGAAAUAGCCGGCUGUGAACGAAAUGCUAGCCAACAAAAUUAGCCAGCAACUGGGUCGCCCCACUCAGUCCCUGCUUGGGUGGAUCGUGAAAAAAUUCCUCACCUGGCACCACCAGGUAUUGGAGGUGAAUGCUGUGAGGCUGUGUGGGAUCCAGCCAGACGACACCGUCCUGGAGGUGGGGUUCGGGCCGGGCCUGGGGCUGGAGGCUGCUGCCUCCCACCUGACCGACCCCAGGGGGAAACUGUUUGGGGUGGACUAUUCUGAGUUCAUGUACAAGGUGGCCAGCGAGAGGGUCCAGGGGCUCAUCACCAGUGGGAAAGCCACCCUGCAUCAAGCCAGUGUAGACGCCAUGCCUUUGUCAGACAGCAGUGUGGACAAGGUCUUCCAUUGCAACUGCUACUACUUCUGGCCAGACCUGAGGGCAGGGGCUGCAGAAAUGCACAGGGUGAUGAAACCAGGAGCAUUAAUGGUGGUGACCCUUCGAGCUGAACGUGUGGCCUGGUUGGCAUCCAAGAACCUCAUUCCAGGAGAGAACUGGCGCCCGGAAAGCUACAUGGAUGCCUUGAGAGCGACCGGAUUCACAGAUAUCCGAAUGGAGGAGUACGUGGAUAAAAACAUAACUUUCAAGGCAAUAUUUGCCACCGCGUCUAAGUGAAGGACGCCAGGCCUCCAUAGCUUUGGCCUUGAGAGUGAACAGCUAGAAGAGGUCACCCAGCAUCUGAGCCUCUAACUGCUCAACUGCCAUUAUCCUUGAUCCCAGUCAAAAUAGACUAUUAAUUAAUUACUCAUUUUGAAAAAUAAAAGAGUCUCUUAUCUUUAAUGUUCACGGAUCAACUGGUUGGCUUUCUGCCGAUGGAAAAGCUCACUUUGGAACUCCAAAACCAUAAUUCAGGACGGCUUGUAGG